UAAUGUGCAUCAGCCAUAACUACCAGCACACACAACGACUACCCUUCUUUAAAAGGAAACCUCACAGAGCCCAAGGCUUCUCCAUGCCGUUGCCCUAAGUUGUCUUCUCCAAUCUCCACUCCCCACCCAUCGAUCAACUCACAGCUCGAUCCAGCCCCCUCCAGAUCUUCAGAUCGGUGGAUCGAUUGAUCAACAUGGGGAGGGGGAAGAUUGAGAUAAAGAGAAUCGAGAACAAGACGAGCCGUCAGGUGACCUUCUGCAAGCGCAGGAAUGGGCUGCUGAAGAAGGCCUACGAGCUCGCCAUACUCUGCGACGCUGAGAUCGCACUCAUCGUCUUCUCCAGCCGAGGACGCCUCUAUGAGUUCUCCAAUGUAAACAGCACAAGGUCAACAAUCGAGAGGUACAAGAAAGCCUCUGCCAGCACUUCAGGAUCCGCUCCAGUGAUAGACGUCAAUUCUCAUCAAUACUUUCAGCAAGAAGCAGCAAAAAUGCGCCACCAGAUACAGACCUUGCAGAAUGCAAACAGGCACCUCAUCGGUGAGUCCAUUGGCAAUAUGACCGCAAAGGAGCUCAAGAGCCUUGAAAAUCGGCUUGAAAAGGGCAUCAGCCGAAUUCGAUCAAAGAAGCAUGAGCUGCUGUUCUCGGAGAUCGAAUACAUGCAGAAAAGGGAAGCAGAUCUUCAGAACGAGAACAUGUUCCUGAGAGCCAAGGUGGCAGAGGCCGAGCGAGCUGAACAUGAUGAUCAGCAGGCGGCGGAGGACGACGAGAUGGCGCCGGCGCCGGCGGUCGGCGGCGGGUCAUCGUCGGGGACAGAGCUGGAGGCGCUGCCGGCGACGUUCGACACAAGGGAAUACUACCAGCCGGCGCCGCCGGUGAGCAUGCUGGCCGCCGCGGCGGCGGCGGCGGCGGCGCAGUACUCGUCGGACCACCACCAGACUGCUCUCCACCUCGGCUACUUCAAGGUCGACUCCGGCAAAGGCGGCCUCCUCUAGAUCGAUCGCCAUGGAUGCAAAUAUUGCAUGCAUUCGAUCGAAUUAUACUGUAUUCCGUAAGAGCGACGACGAUGAAGAUGACAAUAAUUAUUGUGGUAUUGUACGUAUAGUACGCUGGUAGACCUACGUAUACGUAUACGUAUGUAUGAUGAAGAAUAAGGUGGUGUUUGGUUGGAGGGGCUAAAGUGGGGCUAAACUUUAGUUCCUCUCACAAAAAUAUAAGUUCCUAUUAUAGAGACUUAUAUUUUUGUGAGAGAGACUAAAUUUAGUCCUAGUUCCCAAACACCCCUAAUAUACAUUUGUGGUGUGCAUGCAUGGUGUGUGGGUACUAUAUGAUCAGAGUGUGCUGCAUAUGCGUAUUCCGUUUGCUAGCUCUGACAUGCAUUUGUCUAAAUAUAUAUUUUUAUUUAUGCAUAUUGUUGCCA